CGACAACAAUUUCCGUCUCACGCGCGGCCCCCUCUCCCCCCAUUUUGUCGAUUCAUUGUCGCGCCGAUAUAAUGAGCGCGGCCGUCAUGUCGUCUGAGGCUGUUGACAUCACUUCGUCCGUGCCACGGCGCAAAUCUGGACGCGUAUCGAAAAAGCCUGAGCCCUUCGUCCCCGCCUCGAGCCCCGCAGGUAGCGCGAAGCGCAAACGCAAUGUGGCCACCGAUGGCGAUGGCGAUGGCGAUGUAGCAGAGCAAGCAUCGGAGGAAGAACAGACGGAGAGCAGCGAGGGCGAGCCCGACGAGGAGGAGUUGAGGGAGCGGCGGCGCAAGAAGAAAACCAAGCCAGCGCCGAAGAGGCCUGCAUCUAAGAAGCCAAAGACAAACGGAGAGUCAAUUAGUCUCGCUAUUCGGCCGGCAGCGAGCAAUCCCCAGCGUCCCAGGAAACCAAGAAAAGGGCCCAUUCGUAAGAGCGCCAUUGCGGAGGAUGCUGAGGGCCUUUAUGCCGAUGUCUUCGCACGUGGUAGCAACCUCGAGGACGCGGCCGCACAGUGGGUCUCGAGCUUCCAGGAACACGAAGCUAGAGCUGUCUCCGAAGUUCAAAAUGUCUCUGACUAUCCCCUCAUCGCUAAGGGUGGAGCCGCCUUCAAAAACGCGUUGCACGGCUUUUUCAUUGCCCUCGUUCAAACCAUCGCGCAGAACGGCCUUCUGUACGACAACGUCGAGCUCAUUGAGAACAUUGAGGUGUGGGUUAGCACUAUGUCGUCGGCAAGCAACCGCCCGUUUCGCCAUACAAGCACCGUCGCAUCAUUGGCUGUCAUCAGCGCGCUUUGCCAGGCUGCAAGCGAUGUUCUUGAGAAUACCGCCAAAAAGAUGCGUCAGGUCGAGACUGAGUCGAAGAAAGCACGUGUCAACAAGGGCAGAGUGUCGGCGGUGAAUAAGGAGGUGGCAGAGUUGAAUUCAAAGCUAGAAAUUGUGAACGGCGCUAUCAAGGACUGGUUUGAGACCGUCUUUAUCCAUCGCUAUCGGGAUGUCGACCCUAGGAUUAGGGUCGAGUGUGUUGAAGCAUUAGCAGACUGGAUCAUGAUAUAUCCAGACAAAUUCUUCGACGGAAGUCACCUGCGAUACCUGGGCUGGGUUCUCUCGGAUCCGCAACCCCACACCCGACUAGAAGUUGUGAAGCAGCUUCAGAAGCUAUUUCACGAUAAAGAAAAGAUCGGCGGACUGAAGACUUUUACUGAGCGCUUCCGCCCACGCAUGGUCGAGAUGGCCACCCGGGACUCUGAAGCAAACGUUCGCGCCUCAACUGUUGAGCUGCUUGACAUUCUACGAGAAGCCGGCCUGCUAGAACCCGAUGAUAUCGAUUCUGUCGGGAAAUUGAUUUUUGACGCAGAACCCAAAGUCCGCAAGGCCGUUGUCGGAUUCUUUGCUGAGAACGUCAACAAUACCUAUGACUAUCAGAUUGAGGACAUGGGGGGCCAGGAAACGCUUGAUGAAGCAUUGGCGCCAAUCGAAGGAGACGAAGGCUAUGAUACUCCCAGAGUCGAGUGGCUGAAACUGAAAUGCCUGGUUGAACAACUUGUCGCAUACGAUUCCGACGGAGCAGAGCUGCCUUCUCAAGUGGAAAGGCUGCCACCUUCAGGCUCUCAGUUUGGUCUUGUCGCUGCACCUAACGAGUCUCGCUUCUCUGUGGCUACCCAAGUGCUGUACGACGCCAUUCCAGAAAUUAGGUCUUGGGAGGUAAUCGCCGGGUACCUAUUGUACGACCAUUCUGAGACUCUCCAGAAUGGUGCCGGAGAGGAUGCCGAAAUGGCGCUCCGCCAAAACUGCAAGCCGACAGAGAGCGAGGAAACUAAGCUUUUAGAAAUCCUCAACGCUACAGUCAAACAUCGACUAGCGCGGGUGGCUGAUGCGCAACAUGAUAAGAAGAGUAAGAAGACCAAGGCUCAGCGGCAAGCCGACCAGGAGGAGCAGGAAGAGAUGGCAAAGAGGCUAGCGGUUCUGAUUCCUAAGCUACUCAAGAAGUUCGGUGCUCAACCGGAAGCAGCAUCAACUUGUCUCAGCCUUGCACGCGCUGUCAACUUCGAGAUAUUCCAGGAACUACGACAGGAUUCGACAUUAAACGCCCUCCUGGACGAUAUUUGUAAACAGUUUCUCACUCACCACGACAAGCGCGUCCUCAUCGAAGCAAAAGAAGCAAUAUUGCACGCGGCAAGCCACGAAGAGCUGAAAGAGAUCGUAGAGGGUAAACUCCAAGCAAUCUGGGAUGACAUCACCGAUGCUUUUAGCACCUUGAUCCGCGGUCGCGAUAUUUCAACACGCGGCAACAUGUCCGAUAACAUACUCACCGGGAUCAUGAACACGGUUUCUAAGAUAGCAAUCUUGACUCAGAUUUCCCAACCGGAUCCUCUUGAUCAUGUUCGUACAAAGUCGAAGAGUAAGUCUAAGAAAGGUACUGCGGACCAGGAACCGCCCAUCUCUUCUCUGUUACAGAUCUUACACCGUGGCAUUCCUGUAGCAGACCUCGACACUGAGGUUGAGACUACGGAAGACGCACUCGUCCGCAACGCUAUGGAAAUCCUAGUGCCCUACUUUGGCUGGAAGUUCAAAUCAUUGUCGGGACACAUUCUUGCAGGUACCCGCAUACCGGACGAUGACCUUACGGUUAUUGCAGAGCGGAGAGACCUUUGUAUAGAGGUGCUGAUGGAGAUCAUAGACAGCCGAAAGGGGUCUGAUGAUCUCAGGAUCGAGGCCAGUUGCUUAUUACUUGAUGUGUACAACAUCUUCUUCUCCCUUAGGAAUAUCAAGGAUUUGGCCCCAAAACCAACAUCAAAGCCGUCACGGGCUCGCCAAGUCCAGGAGGAAGCGAAUGACGAUUGGGAAGCACUCUGCCAAGAAGUUGAUCAGCGGACAACGAGGUCACUGCUUCAAGUUCUCACGGCUGCCGAAGCCACUUAUGCGAAGCGUGCGAAGAAGCACCUCGAAGAAGUCAACGUUGACGAUGACCCUGUGGAUCCGGACGACGAGCCUGAAGACAGUGGUGACGAAGAAGAAGAAGAUGUCACCGUCUUGUUCCGUACCCUUAUUGCAGAGAACCAGCUGUGCUUGUUGGGCAGUCGACUCAUUACCGCAGUACAUGCCGGAACAUUGGACGGAAAGAGCUCAGGAGAUGGCAAUGUUGUAAGGAAGCGACUUGAGAGAAACAAGGCGAGAUUAGGACACAAUUGGAAAGAGGUAGUCGGGUAUCUCGAUAUCUCGAAAUCUUCGAAAGGAAAGGGUGCGGCAGCAAAGAAGGUCGUCAAGACUGCCAAAGAGCCCGCCAAAGCCGGGAAGAGCAAAGAGAUUGUGAUCGAAGAUGACAGCGAAGAGGAGGAAGAACAAGGAAGGGACGAAGAUGAGGAGAUGGCAGAGGCAGAGCAGAACGGGGAUAUUGAUGCACUAGAGAAGAACGGUGCGCUGGACCAGUCGCCGGAGGUGGAGAGUGUUUUAGGGGACUAAGCUAUGGGGUUGUUGAUGGUUCUACUUUCAUGCGUAUACUUAGCGGGAGGCCUGCGAGACAUAUUUGGUUGGGUAUUGCGUCGUACGUUCUCACGAUCCCCCUUUCGAGGUGUUAUAUGGUUCAUGAAUCG